AUGGCAAAUAAAACCGCUUCAUGGGUUGUUCGCGAGUAUAAACUUGUCAUGGUGGGAGGUGGAGGCGUAGGAAAGUCUGCUUUGACCAUCCAAUUCAUUCAAUCUCAUUUUGUCGAUGAAUACGAUCCUACCAUUGAAGAUUCCUAUAGAAAGCAAUGUGUCAUUGACGAAGAAACAGCCCUGCUGGACGUAUUGGAUACAGCAGGACAGGAAGAAUACAGUGCCAUGCGUGAACAAUACAUGCGAAACGGCGAAGGAUUCUUGUUGGUGUAUUCUAUUACAUCUCGCAUGUCAUUUGAGGAGAUUGAGACAUUUCACCAGCAAAUCUGUAGAGUCAAGGACAGAGACUAUUUCCCUAUGGUGCUCAUUGCCAACAAAUGUGAUCUUGAAUCAGACCGUCAAGUAUCCAGUCAAGAAGGUAGAGAUUUAGCAAAACAAUACGGGUGUCAGUUUGUGGAAACGUCGGCAAAAGUGCGUAUUCAUGUGGAUGAUGCUUUCUACGAAGUCGUGAGAGAUAUCAGACGUUACAACAAGGAACAAGAAAUGAAUAGCAAUCGACAUAUAUCUGGCUAUAAUGGAGCAAGUGGUGGUGGCGGUGGCGGUGGUGGUACAGCGAAUCAUGGUGGUGGAUUUGAUAGAUUUGGCGUAGAUGAUUCCAAUGAUCAUGCUACUUCCAAAUGUUGUAUAUUGAUGUAA